AUGACGUUCCAAGUUCCCUACGACUCGAGCGUGCCGUCCACGCCGGACAAGAGCAAGGGCCAGAGCUUUUUCAGCAAUCUCUCGACGACUCCAGCUGGCCUGCCGCCAUCCGAGGCGAACUCCUUCACGCCGCAAGGCAAUCCCACCUCCGCCAUUUUCAAUACCUCCCAAAUCGAAUCUCAUUCUAAUGAGCAAGACUUCGCGACCUCCACCAACUCCCUCUUCACCAAGUCCGGCGGUUUCAAGAAGGGUGACAGCAUUUUCGGCUCCUCGUUCGGCUCGUCCUUUGCCAUUCCCCAAACAAAGCCACCCGUUACUAAACAGACUCGCUUCAGCGCCGCGACGAAUGGCGGCGGAUUCCAGUCCAGUGCGUUUGGUCAGUCGAUGAACUUUGGCAAGUCGAAUGGAUCCAACGGAUUCGCGUCCUCGCAGAUGAGCGAAUACAACGAAGAAUACGAAGACGAGGAACAAAUGGAGCCGGGGGAAGAUGCCGAAGAAGAGUACGAAGAUGAAGAGGAGCAUGACGAAGAGGAAGACGCGGAAGGCGACCUGGAUAUGAGCACUCGCCAGCCGUCGAACCGCCUCAGCUUCUUGGAUUCAAACUUUGGAAACCCACUCCCGCCACAGUCGCCUGGUCUCAGCAAGGCGCAGCCGCGCAAACCUAUCUACACAAAUCCGAUCGAUGCGAAGCGCCCGAAGCUCGACGAACGAUGGGCGAACCAGUCACCCCUCCGCAAGACCAAACUCUCCCCGAAAAAGGCCUCCGCCAUGCCCUCCAUCCUGCACAACAUCGCUUCGCGAUCGCGCGUCGCCCCUGUCGAUGAACCCGCUGAUAUGAUCAUUCACACGGAGGACGGUAUGAGACGGUUCUACGAUGAACUCGGCGAGUCGGAAUAUCGAUACGUGGACGUUGACGGUUGCUUGGCUUACCUUUCGAAUCGACUGGUCAAUACUUGGGAUACUUGUGCGGAUCGCAGUGGCAUCAACCGACCUUACGGUGUAGGAUCCAGCAUUGGACCUGGGGAGCAAGCGCCGAACCUGGUCAAGGCUAGCUUCCUCGCCUCUCUUCUGCUUCAAAUCCACCAUCCGUCGCGCGGAUCAGCGCCCAUCGCUUCGGCCUCGAAUCCUUCUGCUAAUGCCGCUAACAGCAUGGUCAAGGCACUGCAGCGUGCAAGCGUGGCGACUCCUAUUCCCCAAAUUCUGCUUGACUGGCUGAACGGGACCCAUGCAUCGAAGAAUAAUGACCUUCAAGCAUUGCGAUACGUCGAGCCCAACCCGGCAGCCUCGUCUAAUUUCUGGGACAUUAUCAACGCGGCUGUUCUUCGCGGCCGCUUCGCCGAGGCAGCGGAUAUUCUUCGAUCUGCCGACUUCAACUAUGCUCGAUCCGCAUUGGAGGACGGUCUGCCACAGCCCGGAUAUCGGGGUGUCCAGCUGCAAAAUAUCCAACGCUGCGUGAACAAAGCGCUUCAGAUCCUAGACUCUUGCCCCGGCUUCCAAGAUGAUGACUGGGACAUUACCGGGCCCGACUGGUCUCAUUACCGCAAGCGAGUUCUGGCUGCUGUUGAGGACCUGGAAGGAUUCGCCGAGGGCGAGGAACGAGAUGAUGGAGGCGUGGCACAAAACACUGGAUUCCAGGCUGUCAAUUUUGGUGGUCUGGGCAACUUUGGCCAGAAGCCUAUUAGUUUCUCGCAGUCUGCGCGUAUGGCUGAGAGCCGUGUUCCUUGGACCAUCUAUCAGAGCCUUCGAUCUUUGUACAGGAUUAUCCUCGGUGACACUGCCACCAUCAAGUCCUACUCCCAGGACUGGGUGGAGGCCACAAUUGGUCUUACUGCCUGGUGGGACGGCGAAGACGAUGAUGUGGAUCUUCGUGCCAGCACCAACAGUGAUUUCCGGCGCUCGCACGGAAACCGCGGCCAACUGCGCGCUGUGGACCGUAACAUGCGAGAUGCGUACCUCCAUCGCCUGGAUCUGGCCUUCAGCAGCGCGACCAAUGAACCAUCCGACAACGCUGGGUUCCGCGUGAACACAAUGAAUAGUCUGGAGGUUGGACUUGCGUCCGUCUUCGAGGGAGAUGUCGAUGGUGUGCUCAAGCUCUUGCAGUCCUGGUCACAGUGCGUGACUGCGGCUGUUACCGAGGUCGCCAGUGUUGGCGGCUGGUUUGAGUCUAGCUCGAAGAAGGUGCCUGGCCUUAGCGAGGAUGACCUGAUGGUUCUCUCAUAUGGGGCCGACGGUCCUCCUUCUCGCCGCUUGGACAGAGAUGAGAUUCUCCGCAGCUAUGCGUUUGGCCUGUUCGAGCGUGGCUCUAUUGAGAACGAGACUGGAUCCCGUGACGGCUGGGAGAUGGCAUUGGAAGUGUUGACUCGUAUUGAUAACGUCGAUAUGAUGAAGAAGGCUGUUUCUGAGGUUGUCGAUAAACUGCCACUGGAGAACACGACCCAGCUGGACAAACUCGUUGUGUUAUGCUCUGAUCUUGGACUGGAAGAACAAGGCCGCAAGGUCUCCGAGCGAUACGGCGACAUGACAACCGACAAAUCCGACAAUUUUGGCCUGGCUCUCAUCUGCUAUUCCCGCGCCCGGAAUCGCCGUAAGGUCAAAUCUGUCGUCGAUCUCCUCAUCUCCUACAGUCUAGUCCAAUCACGCGCAUACCCGACAACCAGCGAGCUCGACCCGGAGCUACGUUCUUUAAUCAAAGACCCGAAGGCCUGUCUCGAAUCCAUCGCCUCCGUCGACGAAGAAGCUGCCCGGAUUCUCCAAUUUUACCUCAGUGGCUACGCCACCCUCCGCCGCUACUACGAGAUUCGCGACGAGGCACUCAACCUUGCCGAGGGCCAACGCCCGCGCUUCAAGCCUCUCGCCCGCCGCCGCGCAGCUGCCAAGGCCCUUGCGGCUGUCAUCUCCAGUGCAGCCGACAACAUCUACGGUGGCCUGUAUGACCCGCACCGCGACUCGGCCGUGCAGGUCGACGGACUUCUGGCCUUGCUGGGCGAAGCUCUCGUCUUCGUGAACCAGCCCAGCCCCAUCCUCUCUGUUUCCGAACAAUUCGCCAUUCUCUCCGCCAUCGAGGAUCUGGAAACAGUCACUCCCCGCGUCUUUGCGCAGUGCGAGGAGUGUUUCCGUUCUACACUCUCCAGCUCGAGCUCAACCAAUGCGCCUCCCUCCCCUCGCGCAGUGCUCAAGAAAUCCGUCUCGAAUCUUUCGGCGUCGACCUUUUCUAUGCUCGGCUCUGAUCUCCUUUCUGGUCCUACAUCUGCGAGUGCGUCGGGUGUGCUGGUACCGGGUCCGGAGGAGAGGGGCUGGGAUUGGAGGGUUGGUCUUCCUGCUGAUACCACUGGUAAGGAUGUGCUUGGUUUGUUGAGGGUUGGUUUGGCUAGGGGUCUUAGCUUCGGUGCUCUUGGUGGCAUUUAA